AACAAAAGUACUGUAAUGUGCGUACUGUUAUGGUGAUUAUACAUUUGUUCAUUAUCAGGUGGAUAUUACAAUGAGAGGAGAAGCCAGUGUCUCUACAGCUCCAGGGAUUUAAAUGACAUGGUGUAUAUAGAUUCAUACAUUUUCAACAAGAUAGAGUGGAUACGGUUCAACAGCACAGUGGGCAAGUAUGUGGGAUACACCAAGUUUGGUAUUUAUAAUGCAGAACUAUGGAACAAUGAUACAGCAUUUGUACAACAAGAGCAAAAUGAUGUGGAGGCCUUCUGUAAACACAACGCUGAGAUCUACUACUCACAAAUAAUGGAUAAGACAGUUGAGCCAAACGUUAACCUGAUGUCAUUGAAGCAGGCCAGUGGCAGUCAACCAGCUAUGCUGAUGUGCAGUGCGUACAACUUCUACCCAAAGAAAAUCAAAGUGUCCUGGCUCAGAGAUGGUAAACCAGUGACCUCUGAUAUCACGUCCACUGAGGAGCUGGCUGAUGGAGACUGGUACUACCAGAUCCACUCCCACCUGGAGUACACACCCAAAUCUGGGGAGAAGAUCUCCUGUGUGGUGGAGCACGCCAGCUUCCAGAAACCCAUGGUGUACGACUGGGACCCGUCUCUUCCUGAGUCUGAAAGGAACAAGGUUGCUAUUGGAGCUUCAGGGCUGGUGUUGGGGAUCAUCCUAUCAGCUGCUGGAUUCAUCUACUACAAGAGGAAAUCCUCAAGACCUUACUAAGGUUGUCACCAUGAAACUUCCAGAUAGAUGUGUUAUUUUCAUCACCAUUUCUGUUUUACAUUAAAGAAGCUUGAAGUGUCCUACACACUCUUAGUUGUCUCCAUUAACAUCUGUUUUUAAUUCUAAUAAGAGUUCGAUGUUUCAAGCUAAAUGCUCUUCUUCAGAUAUUCACUCAAAUCAAACAGCAUUCAUUUCUCAUUUAUUUGAUCUCUGUCUACACCUGUAAUGUCUUUUUAAAAAUUAUUGUUUGAAGUAGGUUUUUUUUUUUUUAUUAAAAACAUGACAUUCAAUAUCUGACAAUAUCUGUUACAGUCUGUUACCGUCUGUUAUCAGUGUUCAUAGUUGCUAGGGUUAUUAUUUGUGAGCAUGUUAAUGUAACACGUAAUAUUGGACAUUUCUACUAUUCAGUGGUACUCUGGUUGACCUGCUUCCCUCUUAAACAUCAGUACUGUUACUGAAUUGUAAUGAUGAGCAGUUAGAAGGUGGAUGCAUAUGCAAAGAAGAGUGAGAUGUAUUAUGGGCAAAUCCAGAACUGUACAGUUUAGUGUGUUUAUGUAAUUAGUGACAGAACUGUACAGUUUAGUGUGUUUAUGUAAUUAGUGACAGAACUGUACAGUUUAGUGUUUUUUUCUGAUCACCUGACACUGCAGGUCCGGUACAGCUUGGAGGUGAGCAGACAGCACCUUCUCCAGGGGUUUGGAGUGAGACCAGGAUCAGAACCGUCCUACUGAGCUUUGGGUUUCUUUUUGUAUGUAGCGGAUCUUUGGGGGAAGUGCUUGUUCUGAAACACAUCUGCACUAAUUGAACUUCCUCAUGAUACACUCCUGUUGUCAGUGAGCUCAGUGAAAUAUGUAUUCAGUGAACAAAGUACCAGUGUGUUUUUAUGUGCAUAGCAUCACAGUCCAUUCACUGCUGAUAUGGUAGAAGUUAAUGGGACAUAGAUAAGAGUGCUUUCUUUUGUGUUCACAUCAUGUUUGAUUCUAUAUUUUACAAUCCUCAAUAAACAGUUUCCACUUCUCACA